AUGUCGGCACCACGAGGUGGCGGUGACAGAGGUCGAGGAGGCUACCGUGGCGAUCGCGGAGGCGGUCGUGGAGGUGGAAGAGGCGAUUUUGGAGGUCGAGGAAGAGGAGAUGGUGGAUUUCGUGGAGACCGAGGAGGUGGCGGCUAUCGAGGCGACAGAGGUGGAGGCGGAGGACGUGGUGGUGGCAGGGGUGGUCCACCUAGUGGCCCAGUAGAAAACCAGGUCUUCUCCAACGCGGCACCGCAAAACCCCCAGGUUGCCAAGACGGAAGACGCGAUGCAUCCCGUCGGCAAAAAGACGCUCGACUUGAGCACCUUGAAGCUGUCGGAAGGCAACCCUACCAGACCUGGAUACGGCACCCGAGGUAUGAAGGUGGAACUUACGGCGAACUAUGUCGAGUUGCUGCCACCAUCGAACAUGGUAUUGUACCGGUACGAUGUCGAUGUCCAACCGGAGGCCGCUGGUAGGAAGCGUCACCGAGUAAUGGAGCUCUUGCUUCAAUCACCUGAGAUGUCGGACCACAAAGGCAAUGUCGCGACUGAUUUCCGUCAAACCCUUGUCUCUAAGACAAAGUUCAAGCAUGACGAAGACAUCAUUGAUAUUCAGUACCGCACCGAAGGCGAAGAUGAACCGGCUGCCAACGGCACAGUAUACAAGAUCAAGGUCAAGUAUAUUCGAACGUACAGCAUCGGCGAGCUCGUUGACUGGAUGAACUCUACCAACCUCAGUCAGUCUUUUGGCGAUAAGCAAGAACUGACCCAGGCGCUAAACAUCUUCCUGAACCACUACGUCAAAUCCGCCAACAACUUGGCCACGAUCGGCUCAUCGAAGAGCUUUUCUCUUAACCAGAAUGCCACACGGGGUGAUCUUGGCUCGGGUCUCGAAGUUAUCCGCGGCUUUUUCUCGAGCGUGCGUGUUGCAACAUGCCGCAUCCUGGUCAAUAUCAACGUCAGUCACGGAGCCUUCUACAACCAGGGUCCUCUGCCAGGUCUCAUGCACAGCUAUGGUACACGAAACACUAUCGCUUUGGAGAAGUUUCUCAAGCUGGUCCGCGUCCAAACAACGCAUUUGGCUGAGAAACGGAACAAAGCCAAGCAGGUCAUUCCUCGCAUCAAGACUAUCUUCGGCCUUGCUAGGAAAGACGACGGGCAUAAGCUGGCGAACAGGCCACGCAUCAAGGCCCACGGUGCAGGCGCCAAGGAUGUUGAGUUCUGGCUCGACGCUGAUGCUGGCUCCUCUGGUGCGCCCAAGGCUGAGGCAGGCGCUGCGAAAGGCAAGGGCAAAGGAAAGCCUCAGCCGAAGGGCCCAGCGCCUGCUGGGUCAGGAAAGUACAUUACUGUAUUUGACUUCUUCAAGACAACAUACAAUCGUGUCCUCCAGCAUCCCGACCUUUCUGUUGUCAACUGCGGCAAUCGGGAAAAUCCCAUGUACCUCCCAGCAGAGGUCUGCAUGGUCGUUCCGGGUCAGCCAUCCAAGGCCAAGCUCGACGGUGGCCAAACACAGACCAUGAUUCGAUACGCUGUGCGCAAGCCGUGGGAAAACGCGAGAUCCAUUCUCAAUGAGGGUGUAUCGACCGUCGGCUUAGACGAGAGCACGAAUCUUCUGAUGCGGUCUUUCGGUCUGACGAUUACCCCCGGUCUUCUCAAGGUCCCCGGACGCGUUCUCAACGGCCCAAAAGUUAUAUACAAGGGCAACAAGACGGCAGAUCCGCGUUUCGGCGCUUGGAACAUGAUCAACAUCAAGUUCAACAUUGGUGCCAGCCUUGCCAAGUGGUCGGCGGUUAUGAUCACGCUGCCCUACAAAUCAGGCUCAUUCGAUGGCCAGGGUUUCGCUGCGGUAAUGUCAGAGUUUCAUCAAGGCUUGAUUAAGAUUGGUGUCAACGCCAGCCCGCCCCUUCCUCCGCAGCGCCUGCAGCUGCACGGUCCUGACGACCCUAGUCUCGGCCCAUAUCUGCAAAAGGCAGCCAGUAGUCUGGAUCUCUUGUUCAUCGUCUUACCGGAGGCCAAUAUACCUCUGUAUAAGCGCAUCAAGACGCUGGCCGACAAAGAUUAUGGUCUUCACACGAUCUGUUCAGUGGGCUCCAAGCUCGCAAAGGAACGUGGCCGCGAUCAAUACAUUGCCAAUGUCGCGCUCAAGUUCAACCUGAAGCUUGGCGGCACCAAUCAGGUCGUUGAGAACAAGAACUUGGGUAUCAUCGAUCAGAACAAGACGAUGGUAGUUGGCAUCGACGUCACCCAUCCUUCGCCUGGUUCGGCUUCGAAUGCGCCCUCGGUCUCUGCCAUGGUUGCUUCUAUCGACAAAACCCUCGGUCAAUGGCCCGCUACUCUGCGCAUUCAGCGCGGAAGACAAGAGAACGUCGAUGAUCUCGCUGAGAUGCUUAUGUCGCGUCUCACUCUGUGGAAGACCAAGGGUAAGCACACCACAUUUCCGGAGAACAUUUUGAUCUACCGCGACGGUGUCUCGGAGGGACAAUACGACAUGGUUCUUUCCCAGGAGCUGCCUCAACUCCGAAAGGCAUGCGAGGCACUUUACCCAGCGCCGGACACCAAGAAGGGUCUCCCCCGCUUUACGGUCGUUAUCUGCGGUAAGCGACACAAGACUCGCUUCUACCCCACGAACCUCCAAGAUUGCGAUCGCUCCGGCAACACCAAGCCCGGUACCGUCGUUGACCGUGGCGUCACGGAGGCCCGCAACUGGGACUUCUUCCUACAGGCCCACGCCGCACUCCAGGGCACAGCGCGCCCUUGCCAUUACUACAUCGUUCACGACGAGAUCUUCCGCCAGAUCUACGCCAAGCAGAUCCCGCCGCCAUUUACGAAUAUCGCAGAUAUCGUGGAAGAUCUUACGCACAACAUGUGUUACCUAUUCGGACGUGCGACGAAGGCAGUCAGUCUGUGUCCGCCAGCUUACUACGCUGAUCUGGCAUGUGAGCGCGCGCGUUGCUACUUGGCCAAUCUGUUCGACACACCGACACAGAGUGCGGCAACUUCUGUCGCUGGGGCUUCGGCGGUUGGGGGUGCGUCGCUGGACCCCAGUGCUUCUGAUGUGAUGAUUCAUCCUAAGAUCAAGGAUUCGAUGUUCUACAUCUAG